AUGCCCCCCGUUCUUAGGGCUGGUAUUAUCUCCAUUCCGCCUCCUCCGCUGCUCGCGCAAUGUAGGACAGUUCUUUUCUUUGAUAAACCGAUAGUAUUUGCACUGAAUUCCCUGAAACCCGUUCCGUUUGCGCUUUGGGAAUUGCUUAUUGAAACUCUCCCGGACCUCUCUCCAUUCUUGACGCAGAUCGACUCGGUGGUACCAAAUGAAAUACAUCUCUUCUUCCUCACGGAAACCGUUCCCUUCGGUAUGGUCCUGGCGAGGAGCUAUCAGAUCCGCAGCGUCUAUCGGAUGGGUCGGGGCGAGUGUCGAUGGGCGAUAAAUUGUUAUUGGGAUAUUGGAUUGGUUGAAUUUGAGAGAGAUGGGGUAGAUGGUUGGAUAUUGGCGGGAAGCGAUCGUGGUGGUGGUGGUGGUGAUGAUGAUAAUGGUGGUGAUAUGGUUCUUGCCAUGAUCCAGACGGAUCUCUCUUUCUGGAAAAUGUUAAGAGGCACGCCGCUGCAAAAUCUGGAACGAUCAAGGGAGACCGCGCUCCAGGUGUUCAGGCUCUUCAAAGAACUUCUCGAAGACCAAAAUGGUACGGACGAUAUCGAAAGCAAGAAGAAACUGAAAGGAGGACCGCUGUUCAAGUUGAACGAAAUCCUUAAUGCGAAACAAUGUGCCGGCCUUGGAGAAAGCGAUCGGGCAGCAAUAAAUAAUCGCAAAGUCGCAGAACCGAGUCCGACUCUGAGUAUCUCAAGUUAUUAUCGGGAGCACAAGGGCCACGUUCGUCACGACGGCCCAUCCAAUCGGGCUGAUGGUGUGAUAUCGAACGUAGAGGGGGAUUUGAUCGAGUGUUUGAAAAGAUGUGACAAUUUGAACUCGACUUGCUUUGUGAGGGUAAAAAUCUUUUUGGCCUUGGCCGGUACCGUCAAAAGAAAAGACUUUGGGUUGAGGAUAUAA